ACCCUCUUCUGGAAAAGAACGAUCACAGGGGCAGAGAGAAGCUGAGGCUACAAUGGCUAUUGUAUUUCUGCUUGUACAGGCUCUCGCCAUGGUGGUGGAUCGUGGAGCCUGCAAUUUGACAGCAUACCUUCUCUUCUUUUCUACGUUAGUGUGUCAAUUCUGAGGAAUUGCUGCUUUGCUUUGUGAGCUCUCGCACUUUCUCUACCAGCCACAGCGACGGCUUCUUGUGCGACAGGCUGGUCCCGAUCGAAGGAGAAACAAUGCUCUCAUCAAAGUCCAAAUCUAGCAUGUCAGAUUCGUCCAGCAACAAAAGCAUACCAGCAACCCCUAGGUCCAUCAACAAAAGCACACCAGCAACCCCUAGGGUUAGCAAAAAUGGGAGGCUGGGAUCUGCCAAGGUGGAUCCUAAUUCGCCUUCUCCGCAGCAAAAACUGCGUACUUCAGUCGAACGGUCGCCGGGAUCGGUUAAUUCGAAGUCUACCGCUGAUCACCGCUUGCCCCGGAUCAGCACCCCUCCUGAUAAGCAACCACGGACAUUGAAGGAAUCGGAGCUCCAGACACAGCUUACUCUUGCACAGGAAGAUCUCAAGAUGGUGAAGGAAAAAUUGGCUUUUGAGGAGAAGGAGAAAGCUCGAGCUCUUGAAGAACUGAUAGAAACCAAAAAGGCGGUUGAGGAGGCAAAUGAGAAGCUUGAGGAUGCUCUCCUUUCUCAGAAGCUUGCGGAAGAGAGUUCUGAGCUUGACAAAUUCCGUGCUGAUGAAGUGGAGCAAUCGGCCAUUGAAGCUGCUCAGAAGAGGGAAGAAGAAUGGCAGGAAGAGUUUGGGCAUGUCAGAAGCCAACAUGCUGUUGAUGUUGCAGCGCUGGUUUCUGCAACACAGGAACUUCAGAUGGUGAAGCAAGAACUGUUGAUGACCACUGAGGCAAAGAACUCUGCAUUAGGUCAUGCUGAAGAUGCCAUGAAGAUUGCUGAGGUCCAUGUAGGGAAGGUGGAAGCGCUCUCUGCAGAAAUCAGCCGUCUCAACUCCUUGCUCGACUCCAUGUUUGAAAGCCAUUCAAAGGAGACGGCAGAGAUUAUCAAUAAGUUUGAUUAUGAGGCUGAAGUUUUGAAACAUGAACUUGGAAAGGCAAAAGCUGCUGAGGAGAAGUUGGUUGAUGCUGAAGCAUUAGUUGAAGUGCUCAAGGUUCAGUUAUUUGAUGCAAAGAUGUCUGAAUCGAAUGCACUUAGUCUCGUGGAUGAGCAGAAGAAGAAGGUAGAGCUUUUACAAUUUCAGCUGGAGGAAGCCAAUCGGUCUGAAAGUGAGCUGAAGCAUUAUCUUGCUUCAGUCAUAAAGCAGCUAGAGGAAACGGAGGUUGUGUGUAAUGAUGCCAAAUCUGAAAUGAACUCUCUCAAUGCCAAGGUUGAGGCUUUGGAGCUUGAGUUAGCCACGUAUAAGGAAGAUCUCAAAGAAUCUGAUCAAAAACUUGAAUUGGCAAUGCAGGAAGUCUUGGAUUUUGAGAAGAAAGCUGAAGUUUUAAAGUUUGAAAUCCAAAAGGUGGAGGAGGAGAAGGAACACGCCUUGAACAAUGAAAAAAUUGCAUGUUUGAAUGUGGAAAACCUUACCCAGGAAAAUACCAAGCUUGCAGUUGAGCUGGAGAUCACUAAAGAGGAAUCAGGAAAAGCUAAGAAAGCUAUGGAAAGCUUGGCUUCUGCAUUGCAUGAAUUCUCUAUUGAAACCAAGGACGCUCAAGAAAGGCUUUUGAUUAAACAAGGCCAGCUUGAUAUUGCCUCUGCUGAGGCAGAGCAAUUAAAAACAGCCCUAAAAAAUGAACAGGAAAAAUAUGAGCAUAUUCUUGAUGAAGCGAAAUAUGAGAUUAUUUGUCUCAAAAAGAUGGUUGAGAAAUCUGAAGCAGAAGCAAAGGAAUUGAGACUUGAAUGGGAUCUGAAGGAGCAUAGUCUAAUUUCUGUCAUUCAAAAAUCAGAGAAAGAAAUUGCUUCAAUUAAACUACAGAAAGACAAUGCGGUAGAGUCACUAGAGAAACAGAAGGAUGAAGCAAAAUUAGCAGAGAAAGAGGCGAGUAAGCUUGUGGAUCAAAUGAGGCUAGUUGAAGCAGAAUUAAUUUCAACUAAAAAUUCCAUGGAAGAAAUGAUGGCUGAGACUUCGAACUUGAAAGAAAGGUUGCUUGAUAAAGAGAAUGAACUUCAGAACAUAACUCAGGAGAAUGAUGAACUCCGCAUCCGUGAUGCUGCUGCUUCAGAAAAAAUUAAAGAGCUUUCUGAAAGGCUUACUGAGUUAACAACCAGUAAUAGUCACGAAAAUGAAGAACAUGGAGAAAACAGGGAACUUUUAGAAUUUGAUUUACCGCCAAUGUCCGCAGAAGCCAUGCCAGAGAAAAUUUCUGAAUCCAAGACAGAAGAAUCAAGAGCUCCUUUUAACAAGGAGGAAAUGCUCAAAAAGGAUACCACUGUAGUGGAGAUUGAUAAUGCCAAUGGUAAAACUGAUGAAAAUCAUAAUGGCCAUGGAAAUGUUGAGGAAGAGGUGCCUGUAAGGAUGGAGGUCAAGCUUUGUGAAGGAGAUAACAGCAGUGAUAAGCAACUUUCUUCUGUGAGGGAGGACAAUACUGAAUCAGUAGAUGAUGACAUUGAUCCAAAGAUUGUAAUCAACAACCACCUUGAUCAUGUCAAUGGAGAGAAAACAAAGACUGGUGAUAAUGCUUCGCCAGACAAGCAGCGACAACAACAACAAAAGAAAAAGAAGGCCUUGCUACUGAAACUUGGUAGCAUUCUAAAGAAAAAAAGCAAUCCCAAGUAGCAGGCCGGCAUCGCCAUGGUUCCAGCUUGCGAAGUAUAAAAUUUGCAAAGAUGGUAGUGUCGCAUGUAGAGAUAU